UAGCGCGCCGUACCGCGCCAGAAAGGUUCCGAGGGAGCGGGAAAAAGGGUUCCGGCGAGAUCCACUGCGCCGGCGUGCGGGCUUGAGCGGUCAAAGCGCUUUCCGGGGGCCCGGGGAACUACGUUCCUUCCCUCGCUCUGUCUCCUUCGAAGUGGUCUGCGCGAGGUUCAGACGGGCCGUCGCCUUCAAAGGGACGGUUUUCUAGAGCUCCGACGCCUCUCGGUGCCCAACUGCUCUGGCCCUUGCCCUUUGACCCCGCUCUCGCGGUAGGGUGAGAGGUCGGGUGGCCAUCUUGUGGCGGCGGCGCGGGCGGCUGUUACUGCGGAGACCCAUCCCCUCCCCCUCCUUGCACCCCUGGCCGUCUGUCAGUCGGUAAAAAGUCCCGCAGCCUGUCAGGUGAGGCCCCGGCCUCGUGCCGUCGCUCUUCCCGCCGCACUGGGCGGCCCAGGCCGCUCCCUGCCGGGCCUCACUGCCGCCACCAUGUCCUCCUUCUCUGAGUCGGCGCUGGAGAAGAAGCUCUCGGAGCUGAGCAACUCUCAGCAGAGCGUGCAGACCCUGUCCCUGUGGCUCAUCCACCACCGCAAGCACGCGGGACCCAUCGUCUCCGUGUGGCACCGCGAGCUCCGCAAAGCCAAAUCAAAUAGAAAGCUUACUUUUCUGUAUUUAGCAAAUGAUGUCAUCCAGAACAGUAAAAGGAAAGGACCUGAAUUCACUAGAGAAUUUGAAUCUGUCCUUGUGGAUGCUUUUUCUCAUGUUGCCAGAGAGGCAGAUGAAGGCUGUAAAAAACCUUUAGAAAGAUUGCUGAACAUCUGGCAAGAACGAAGUGUGUAUGGCGGCGAGUUCAUACAGCAGCUGAAGCUGUCUAUGGAGGACUCCAAGAGCCCUCCCCCCAAAGCAACAGAAGAGAAGAAAUCUCUGAAACGAACUUUUCAGCAAAUUCAAGAGGAGGAGGAUGACGACUACCCUGGCAGCUACUCUCCUCAGGAUCCUUCUGCAGGACCCCUCUUGACUGAGGAACUAAUCAAAGCUUUGCAGGAUCUGGAAAAUGCUGCAUCAGGGGAUGCUACUGUCCGACAGAAAAUUGCUUCUCUGCCCCAGGAAGUGCAAGAUGUUUCUCUGUUGGAAAAAAUAACAGACAAAGAGGCAGCUGAACGUCUUUCAAAAACAGUAGAUGAAGCAUGUCUGUUACUAGCAGAAUAUAACGGGCGCCUGGCGGCAGAGCUGGAGGACCGUCGCCAGCUGGCUCGGAUGUUGGUGGAGUAUACCCAGAAUCAGAAAGAUGUUUUGUCCGAGAAGGAGAAAAAGCUAGAGGAAUACAAACAGAAGCUUGCGCGAGUAACCCAGGUCCGCAAGGAACUGAAAUCCCAUAUUCAGAGCUUGCCAGACCUCUCACUGCUGCCCAACGUCACAGGGGGCUUAGCCCCCCUGCCCUCUGCUGGGGACCUGUUUUCAACUGACUAGGAUGGGUGUCAUGUCCCAGAUUUCGGUUUGUACCAGCAGAAAGAAGAGGUCAAGUCAUGGUUGGAAAUAACCUUCUAGCUCCUGGUUCUAUCCCUUCUUCCGCCCAGCCCCCCAGCCUCAAGAAAGAACCUCAGACUCUGAUUCUCCUCUUCAGCCUCUCAUCUUGAGCACAGUUCACAACAGUGGCAACUGGAAUCUGGUUUAUAUUCAUAUUUGCAAAGACUACAGACUUUUUCUCCCACUUCAUAUUUUCAUGCGCCCCUGUUGGUUUUCCAUUCUUAACUCUCUCCUUGUACCUAAGAAGUUAUGAAGAUCAUGUGUACUUCUGGAAGCUUUCAAAAGAAUCCUGUCCCUCGUGACAGCAUUUUGUCAUGAAAGCAGCUUCUCCUUUCUGAGCUGGGCUUGUUCAGGUUCGGUGUGGGCUUCCACUAAGGCACUUGUCCUAGAGAUGUUGGCUCUCCCAGCUACAUCUGCCCCAAAAGGUUGGAGGCAUAGCUGUCGUAGCAUUGCCAUAAAGAGUUUGCCAAAUCUCUGAUCCUCCCUUUCCAUUACUUCUGCUAGUGAUGCACAAAGAUUAGGUGCAUUUAUUUUGUAAACAGAUUGGAGAAUCUAGCAAUAAGAUUCAAAGCUAAUCUGGAGCAUAAAGGCACAGUUCAGAGACAGAGUAACAGGGAACACAAGCAUGAAUUAAAAGUAAUUUAUUUGCUUCAAGUUCCUAGAUACAACCUUCCCACACUGCACUGCUCCACUGUCGGAGCACAUUCUGAAAAACAGGAUGCCUUGAUCCCUGGUGGGUGCGAAGGCAGUUGUUAGGGGUGACAGACAUUGGUGGGCUCCAAAAGAUGAAGGCCCCACACACAGGUGUGCUGCAUUUGGGCUCUGUGUGGGUGUUACUUGGACCCUUUCUUCUGGGAGUAGGGUACACACUAACGUUUAAUCCACUGUCUGGGUGCAUGUCCACAGUAUGGUGACUAAACUCGAGCAUCACUGUAAAUAGGACACUGAGCAGGUCUGUCUGUCAGGUCACACCACUGCACAGGUCCUUGUCCCCACACGAUGGGGAGUACUUGCAUCAGAUGUUAUUGAAUAGCUCGUCUUGGGCAGGGGAAGCGGGGAGUUGGGGAUAUUAAUUGGGGGUUUUAAUUCUAUUAUCAUGUCAGCUGACAUUAUGACUAUAUAAUGUAGUUAGAGACGAUUUUUAUCUUGCUUAUAGUAAAGGUUCAGUCUGCCAAUUGUAAAUCAUUCUAAUUUGGCAGGCUUAUUUUUGACAUUGGAAAGGGCAAAAAGCGAUUUGCCCCAGUAGUGUAAUAGGAGUUAUAGACCAGAGGCUGAAACCCAAACUAUAUAAAAAGGAAUUCCGUGGAGGGGGCUUUGUAAUCUCCAUUAAUUUGUGUUGCUGUCUCCAGGAUCACCAAAAAUUACAUGUAAUUUUACAUGUUAAACACAUUGAAACAUAAUCUAUGUUUAUAAAGCGUAAUGGGCUUCCCUUCCAGAAGCUCUCCUGCUUGUCAUGAAGUGAGAACAAUGAAAAGUCGUAGCAGAUACUCAGUUUAACUCUGUGUAGAACCUAGUAGUGUUUGAGCUGUUAUUCCGAUUUGAAUUCAGACUGUGUAUUGUUUGCUUAUUGACACUGCCGUUGUUCUGUCACUGUUAAAUUAAUGAGUCUAUAAGGUUUUUCUUCCAGAGGCCAUAGGUGACAUCACUAAAAUUGCAAGAUCAAUUGUAAUCUUUGCUGCUACUGCACUCCCCAACCUCUCCCCCGCCCCCUGUGGUGUGCUGCUUUCUAGAUGAGCGUGUUUUGGAGCAGGCCCAUCUUGGACACUAUGCUUCCACCAAGGAAGUGAGAUCUGACCAGCCACAAUCCAGCUGAAAGAAGAUCAUCGAUACUUGCUCUGAUCAGCUAGAUGAAAAUGUAACAGAAUGGAUUUAGCCCACUGCUCUGUUUUAUCCAACUGAGUCUCUGACCAGCAAUUGGUGCAUAAUUAUUACAGCAAAAGUAAGAAAUGAAACUAGCAAUUAUGUAAAUGAAUGUGUUGGCCUCUUAAUACCUGUUACUAGUGAACUUCCUAUGAGGAAGUUAGUUUUUUGUUUUGAUGAAAUGCUUUUGUUUUUUAAAUCUUAAUUCUGCUGUCCACAUCCUCCCAAAGUGUGCUUACUUCCUUUGUUUAAUUUAAAUGAACCUUCCUCCUUGUAUGUACGAGGUGACUUGGUGGGUGGGGUGGGUGGUUUUUGUUUUUGUGUUUUUUCUUUCUUAGGGCAUCUGUAGGCCUCAAAGGACCUUUCCUUUAGGUCAUAUUCCUCAGAAAGUCUUCAAUCUUCCCUUGUUUUUGUUUGUUUGUUUUUCUUAAAGAAUAUUUUCAAAGCUUAAAUUUGUAUAUUAAUUUAGGACUAUUUAGAAGUAUAGGCUGUCAUUGGCGGCAGCAGUAUAUUCUGAAAUGUCUCAUAGAUAUAUAUUUUUGAAUAAAGAUGGUGUUGUUGAACAA